AUAGCUCGGUCAACUCUGGCUUCUCCAUCGAUUUGGACAUCACGCUUCGCUUUGCUUGGCGAACGAGGCCUGCGGGCGUUUUUAUCACGCUUUUACAAGAAUGACUUCCACAGAUUUCUAUUUACGUUAUUAUGUUGGUCACAAGGGAAAGUUUGGCCACGAGUUCCUGGAGUUUGAGUUCCGGCCUGACGGAAAACUACGGUACGCCAACAAUUCCAACUACAAGAAUGACACCAUGAUUCGGAAAGAGGCCUACGUCCACAAGUGCGUCAUGGAAGAGCUAAAGCGGAUCAUCGACGACUCUGAAAUCAUGCGAGAGGACGACGGGAUGUGGCCCCAUCCAGACCGAGUGGGGAGGCAGGAGCUGGAGAUAGUUAUGGGGGACGAGCACGUGUCCUUCACGACGUCCAAGAUUGGCUCCCUGGUGGACGUGAACCAGAGCAAAGAUCCCGAGGGGCUGCGCUGCUUCUACUACCUGGUCCAAGACCUCAAGUGUCUCGUCUUCUCCCUCAUCGGCCUCCACUUCAAGAUCAAGCCCAUAUAGACAACUCACGUCCUCUUUGCAAUAAAGCUGCUGCAGCCCUCA